CGGGUGAUUGCCCACCGCAAUAAUUAGUUUCUCCUCCAUUCUAAAAUUUAUCCUCAGUUUGCUGCUCUUGAACAAGAUGAACGUGAUUGGCUGCCGCCUGGCUACUGUAUUUGCAUAGAGCGAUCCUGAUUGGCUGACGCUUCCGUCGGCGGCGCUUCACUGGCGUUGCUCGCGGCAGACGUUGAGAAACUGCUUUCGCGUGAAACGAAAGUUGGUGAAGCGCCGCCGACGGAUCCACAAUUCUUUUCGGCAACGCUUGACGUCACCCAUUCAAAGUCAAUGGGAAGCGUUGACGCUGACGACCCGUGUGAACACACCGUAAGGAUGCUAAGAAGAUUCAGGAUCAAGAAGUCUUAUUUGUUAUCGCGUAGUUAACGCGCACUGGAGUACGUUAUAAGCAACCAGUAUCUAACCAUCACGGAGUCACACUGACCUUUAUAAUCCUGUGAAUUUAAAGGAAAGAGACACCUGUAAAGCAAAGCCUCAGUCAGAUCUUCAGUCUGUUUUGCAUGCAGGGAUCUGCUAUAAUGUCAUCACCUGUGGAUGUUAUCGUGGUUGGAGCUGGUAAUAGAGGAGAUAACUAUUCUGGCUAUGCUGUGAUUUUUCCUGAUCGCAUGCGGGUAGUAGGAAUUGCUGACCCCAGGGAUUUUCCUCGAAAGAAACUUCAGGCACGUCACAAAGUAGCUGAUGAAAACACUUUCAAUGAUUGGCGCUGCAUAGCAGAGAGAGAGAAAUUUGCAGAUGCUGUUUUGAUUUGCACUCCUGAUCGUCUUCACAAGGAUCCUGCUGUGGCUUUGGCAAAGAAAGGCUACCAUGUAUUGCUGGAAAAACCAAUGGCUGUUACAGAGGAGGAUUGCACAGAGAUUGUAGAGGCUUGCGUUCAGAGUGGCAUCAUGCUCACAGUGUGCCAUGUUCUCCAAUACGACCCUCUCAUUCACAAAAUUAAAGAGCUGAUUGACAGCGGGGUGAUUGGCGAUGUCAUCCACAUUCAACAUCUGGAACCGGUGGGGUUCUAUCAUUUUGCUCACUCCUUUGUCAGAGGGAACUGGAGAAACGAGGCGGAAAGCUCUUUUGCUCUGUUAGCCAAAUCUUGCCAUGAUUUGGAUCUGAUUCAUCAUUGGGCUGGUGGCCGAAGGUGUAUCAAAGUUUCAUCAUUUGGUUCUCUUAGCCACUUCACAAAAGAGAACAAGCCAGCAAAAGCUGCAAAUCGCUGCUUAGACUGUCCUGUAGAGGGAGAUUGUGCGUACUCUGCAAAGAAAAUCUACUUGGAUCAAGUGAAAAGAGGGGGUGUUGGCUGGCCAGUGUCAGUGAUUUGCUCCAACUCAGUUCCUGAUAUUGAAUCUGUGACUGAAGCGCUCAGAACAGGACCUUACGGCCGCUGUGUGUAUGAAUGUGACAAUGAUGUGUGCUCAAAUCAGGUAGUGAACAUGGAAUUUGAAGGAGGCUUGACUGCCGCGUUCAGCAUGGUGGCAUUUACAGAAGAAAUAUGCAAUCGCAAAACAUCUAUCUAUGGUAGUAAGGGGGAACUGUCCUGCAAUGGGGAUGAGAUCAACGUGUUCGACUUCCUUACUGGAAAGACCACAAAACACACUGCAGACACAAGAGUUCCGCAUAACUUUGGUGCUGGGGGUCACGGGGCAGCUGAUUAUCACCUUAUCGACUCCUUCAUUGCGGCUGUGAAGAAUAAGGACCCAUCUCGGAUUAGGUCGGGUCCUAAGGAGACAUUAGCAAGUCAUAAACUAGUGUUUGCAGCUGAACGUGCCCGUUUGGAAAACAGAGUUGUUUUCUUUGGGGACCAAUGUGAUGGAGAGAGCAGAUGAAUGUAUUGGAGAAAACCAAAUCUGCACAGUGCGGAUUUAUUUUAGAUUUCACUACAUAUUCACAUUGUCUUCAUUGCUCUAGACAGUACUUACAAUUUUUAUGUCACUUAUUCUGUGAUUUUAGAAUUGACUGUGUCAAAUUUUAUAUGAUCAUGUUUGUUUUAUUCACAGGAAUAUUAAAACAGUAAAUGUCAAAUCACAUUUCUUGCAUUUUUUGUAUUAAGAUACUAAUGUUUCAUUUUUAAAUUUACCUAGAUCAAGCGAUGUAAUCAAAUUAUUCAUGUGAAAUUGUUAAUUACCUAAAUAAAAAACAUCAUAUUUUGAACCCUG